GUUGAGAUGGAUUUUGCUGGGGUUGAAAUGGGUUGGGUUUGUUUUGUUUUUUGCAGUGGUAAGAGCUGGGAAAGCCCAGCAGUGUGAGGCUGCCAUGGGCACAGAGCUGCUCCUCCAUGCAGCACAUCUCUGUGUUGGGAUCGCUCCGUUGCAGCAGGAUUGGUGCUGCCUGUUUGCUCCGUGCCCAUCGUGUUUGAGGGGGAAUUCAGCGUGCUGUGAUCCCUUGCUGUGCUUGGAGCUGUGGGGCAAUGGGCAGCUGGGUCCCAGCGUGCUGCUCCUGCCCUGAGCUGUCUCCACUCACAGCCUGGAGCAAUCCUGAGCCUGGACUUGUGUGGAGCUGCUUCUUGCAGGAUGCAGUUUGUGUCUGUGCAGCACCAGCUUUGUGUAGCACGUGUUUCAGGCAGGGGAGCCCCUUGAAGUGAGAGCUUCGUAUCAGUGCAGCUCAGGAUGAGAUGGAUUUGUGGGCAGAAAGCAGCAGCUGGGAACCUCCUGCUCUGCAUUUGUGGCUUCUGCAUCCAGUGCCUUCCACCCUGGCUCAGAGCACUCCUUCCAGCCCCACACCAGCCUGCUGCAGCACAGCAGGAUCUUGCACAAUGAAGCCGUGGCCCUUUGACCAGUUUCCCUGCUCUAAUCAGGAUUACACAACGUGCAGGAAAGGGAACAGCUCUGCUCUCUCACAGCAGCUGCCCCAGUGCUCUUCCUUUGCCCCGUGACCUUCACUGAAAGCACUCUGUGUGCUCUGUGCCUGCUGGGACCCCUGGAGCCCUUUGGGUUCUGUGGGCUGGGGGGGGUGUAGAUGGUGUAGGCCUGGUUCUGGAGCAUCAGAUUUCAGUCCUAAAUUUAUCCUUUUAGUGGGACUGUGUGAGCUGGUAGGUAAUGCUGACCAUUGGUUGUGAAGAGGAACCCACUUGCAGUGAGGAUCUGUAAAACUCAGUGUAUCGUUCUCAGCCUUUUCCCAAUGUUAUUCUGUUCAAGUCCAAACUUUAAGAGUCAGCUCCUGUGGUGGUUUAGCAAUUCCUCCCAGCACUGAGGGCUCUGUCACAGCAGCUCUGUCCCUCCCGCAGGCAGGGAGGGCGAUACAGGAGCACAGCUGUGCCCACAGCAUCAGGUGCAUCUCAUUCCAUGUUGCAGAGCCCUCGACCUUCCAACCAGCCAGGCUUCUCCGAGGUGAGGACUCCUGUCUGCUGAGACGCUGGAAAACCUAGUUUGGGAGAAGAGUGAAGACACAGUUGAUGCUGAACGACAGCCAAGGAUGAAGCGGCGAGCAUCAGACAGAGGAGCUGGGGAAACAUCCACUAAGGCAAAAGCUCUUUGUACAGGGAUCUCUGGAAAUAAUGCCAAGAGAGCAGGCCCUUUCAUACUGGGUCCACGUUUAGGUAACUCCCCUGUGCCAAGUAUUGUUCAGUGUUUGGCAAGGAAGGAUGGGACAGAUGACUUCUAUCAGCUAAAGAUUCUCACCUUAGAAGAAAGGGGGGAUAAAGGAAUGGAAACACAGGAAGAACGACAGGGCAAGAUGCUGCUGCACACGGAGUAUUCUCUCCUUUCCCUGCUCCACAAUCAGGAAGGAGUGGUUCAUCACCAUGGGCUCUUCCAGGACCGAGCUUGCGAAAUUAUAGAAGAUCUGGAAGCCAACAGAAUGGUCAGAAAAAUGAAGAAGCGCAUUUGCCUCGUGUUAGACUGCCUCUGUGCUCAUGAUUUCAGUGACAAAACAGCAGAUCUGAUCAAUCUGCAGCACUAUGUCAUUAAGGAGAAGAGGCUCAGCGAGCGAGAGACGGUCGUGAUAUUUUAUGAUGUGGUACGAGUGGUGGAAGCAUUACAUAAGAAAAAUAUUGUGCACAGAGACUUGAAACUAGGAAACAUGGUGCUAAACAAAAGGACUCAUCGGAUAACCAUAACCAACUUCUGCCUGGGGAAGCACCUGGUGAGUGAGGAUGACCUUCUGAAGGACCAGCGGGGGAGCCCUGCCUACAUCAGCCCCGAUGUGCUCAGCGGUCGGCCGUACCGUGGCAAACCCAGUGACAUGUGGGCGCUGGGCGUCGUGCUCUUCACCAUGCUCUAUGGCCAGUUCCCCUUCUAUGACAGCAUACCUCAGGAGCUCUUCCGCAAAAUCAAGGCUGCCGAGUACACCAUCCCUGAGGAUGGUCGGGUCUCAGAGAACACUGUGUGCUUGAUCCGAAAACUGCUCGUCUUGGAUCCGCAGCAGCGCCUGACAGCUUCUGAAGUGCUGGAUUCCCUCAGCUCCAUCAUAGCAUCCUGGCAGUCCAUGUCGUCGCUGAGCGGCCCUUUGCAAGUGGUGCCGGAUAUCGACGACCAGGUGGCCAACCCUGAACACCCACAGGAGGCGAAGGUGACGGAGGAAUGCUCACAAUACGAAUUCGAGAACUACAUGAGGCAGCAGCUGCUCCUGGCCGAGGAGAAGAACACUUUGCACGAGGCCAAGAGCUUCCUGCAGAAGCGGCAGUUUGGGAACAUCCCCCCCGUGCGCCGCCUGGGCCACGACGCGCAGCCCAUGAACCCUCUGGACGCGGCCAUCCUGGCCCAGCGCUACCUGCGGAAGUAGCUUCCACACCUCUGGGAGCAGAGCGCGCCCUGCAGCCCGCUCCCACACUGCAGCCCAGCAGCAAUACCGGUGUCCCACUGCAGAGAAUCAUGUAGCAGUUCUGAGCUCUGCUCGGGGACGCGCUCUGGACGGAGAAGACUUUUUUUCACGAAGCUCCUUUUGGAAGCAGCGGCCUCUCGGCGUCUUCUGGAAUCUCUGUUUUUUUUAAAUCGAAGCCUAGGUGACUAAUCUGCUUCUAAUCACGACUGUAAUCUACCUCUCUUGUCUUUUUAACCGUGCUGUUCUCUGGACCGAGCAAAGCCCGUGGGGAUGGAGACUCCCAGGGUGAAGCUGGCUUGCUGGCACGAGAGUUUGCGGCUGUGUAGCAUGGAGAGUCGGCCGACUGCAUUCGCUCCAUAUGGUUUGAAUAAGCUUAGAUUUAUCCGGGUUUCUUGAAAGAAAGAAUUUCCUGAAGCCUCCCACUUUCUACACCCCCCCCCUCCCCUCCCCAUCUGCAUCGAAUCUCUUUCUGUUCUCACCGUGCCCCCUGCUGUUGCUGCACUGCCCUGGGUGCUGCUGUGCGGCUGGGAGGACCAGCAGCCCCCCGUCACCCAGCAGUCCGUCACCAGCAGCCCUUGGUGGCACAGGGAUGGGAGCUGUCACUGCAGGCCGUGGCUGUGCAGACCCCCCCCCUGCCCCUGGUUGACUGGGGGCUGCACUGCGCUCAGCCCUGCGUGGCCUUCGCCCUCUCCCCCACCUUUCCCCAGCUCUUUUAGUUUCGUUAAGAUUACACGAUUUAAUCUUUAUUUUUUUUUUUUUCCUGUAGCUUAUCCGAGGUGCAGUUAAAGUUGCAUUAAUUCUGA